AUGAAGGAAGUGCAGAGGUUGAACGGUCGCCUGAUAGCAUUGGGCAGAUUCCUUUCGAAACAAGCUGAGCGUAGCCUUCCUUUCUGCAAGGCCUUGAAAGGAGGGGAAAGCUUUCAGUGGACUCCCGAGUGCGAGAAAACCUUUCAGGAAUUGAAAGAAUACCUCAAGGAGAUUCCCCUACUGACACGACCAGAAAUGGGGGAAAAGCUAUGCUUAUAUUUGGGAGUCAGCCAUCAGGCGGUCAGCGCCAUUCUCAUCCGACAACUGGAACAAGUUGACAGUCCGGUAUAUUAUGUGAGCAGGGUAUUGCAAGGAGCAGAGAUGCGGUACCCCUACGCUGAAAAGAUAGCUCUGACACUAGUGAUGGCAGCUCGAAAAUUAAGACCAUACUUUCAAGCCCACGCUGUGACAGUAUUGAUGGAUCAGCCGUUAAGACAAAUCCUACAGAGACUGGAAUGCUCUGGAAGGCUGACCAAAUGGGCAAUUGAACUUAGUGAAUAUGACAUCAGCUUUGAACCUAGAAAGGCAAUAAAAGGGCAGGCAUUGGCGGACUUCAUAGUAGAAUGCACUCGCUUACUAGGGGCAAAAGAGGUUUGCAUGAAUGAAUGGAUGUUGUUCGUAGAUGGGUCGUCCAAUACCAAAGGGAGUGGAGCAGGGGUGGUAUUGAUUUCUCCAAAGAAAGAAGUGCUAGAAUAUUCCCUACGCUUCACCUUUCCCAGAUCGAACAACGCAGCAGAAUACGAGGCCUUAUUAGCUGGAAUGAAAUUGGCAGAAAAAUUGGAGGUGAAAAAUUUAAUCGCCCAUAGCGAUUCUCAGCUGGUAGCGCAGCAAUUUCAAGGAACCUUCGAAGUAAGAGAGCCGAUCUUGGUCCACUAUCUACAAAAAGUGGAAGAGCUCGCCCACAGGUUUGAACGCUUUGAACUUAUUCAGAUCAAUAGAUCCCUCAAUCAGCACGCGAAUGCAUUGUCCAAGCUGGCCUCCGCUCGAGAUACCCCGGGACGAUCAAUUCACAUAGAGGUCCUAUCCCGACCCAGUGUGGAUGAGAGAGACAAAGGAGUUCUCUGCAUUGAUAUGACUGAUGAUUGGAGAACCCUAAUGUUGAAGUACUUGCUUAAUCGAGAGCUCCCAAUAACACCCUUGGAGGCAAAGAAAUUGAAGGCCUAUGCAGCUCGUUUUACCGUAAUUGGACAAGAGUUAUACAAGAGAGGAUAUUCAUCGCCAUUACUCAAGUGCUUGGGCAACCAAGAAGCAGAGUGGGCCCUGGAAGAGGUGCAUGAAGGGGAUUGCGGAGAGCACCUCGGUGGAAGAGCAUUGGUUGGCAAGGUCCUAUGCGCUGGUUUCUUUUGGCCCACCUUGAGGCAGUACGCAGCCCGGAAAGUGCGGACCUGCGAUAAGUGCCAAAAGCAUACCCCCUCGAUAGCCCCCCCUCAUCCAUCCAACCAAUAUUUCAACCAUUGCCAUUUGCACAAUGGGGGUUAG